UAUUAAUUUGUCCAUUUUCUUACACCAGAAAAUAGAAGUUUAUUUUUGUAGUCUUGCAGUCUUUUAAUUUCCACUAACGGGCUUUUAUUUAGCAUUAAUGCACUUAUUUGGAUUUUUCACUUAGGUAAAUGAAGUAAAAAGUCUAAUAAAAGCAAUAGAAAAAGCAUACAAUUUACGUCUUGAGGCUGUUUCAUGCAAAUAUCAUCUCCAAAUAUAUUUUCAUCUUCUCUUUUUCUGACUGAAAGGCACUCAGCAGGUUGGGAAGUAAAACAGAAUUUUAGGACCCCGAGAAGACACACAGCAGACAUGUAAUGUAGCGUGCUUAGCAAAGCUUUUUAUAUACUUUUAAGUUGAACUAAACGUAAUGUACUUAAUAAAUUGCUAUUUGGGUUUUUCUUUGGCAUAAACAGCCAUGGAAUGUAAACUAACAUCAAAGACCAAAGACUUCUGACACACUAUACUAUUAAAUUAAUCCUUACACAAUUCCAGAGGGCCAAAAAGGUUGAGAAGUUCGACAUCUGGGGUCUUGGAGGCAAUACACGGUAGAGUUUGAAUUCGGACUCUGGGCCGUGGAUCAACAAAGCUCCUGUGAUUUUAACACACAGUGUCUCAGGUAACCACAGGCUACUGAGAGCAUCCUAGACGCGGUGUUCUACUAAGCCGGGACGCUGAACCGGAGCGGAGCUACAAAAAGCUCUCAGGCCAAUCAGCCAUUCAUAAAACAAACCCCGGCUUCGUCCAUUUCCGGCACAGUCCGCCUCCAACUCUUUGUAACGAAGGGCAAGCGCCUCGCGACAUCACACAAAGGACUUGGGAACCAGUUUGGGUCCACGGGUCCGCUGGUCUUCCGGUAGACGAGACAGAAACGCACUUCGCAGGGCCCCUUGCAAGCUCCUUCGGAGGUCCCGUGCGCUGCUCCAUCGUCCCACCGGUUAUCUCGCGAGACGACGGGUCCGCGGAAGGCACAAACUUCCCUUUCUAUAGAGCCAAGGUUUCGCUGUUAAGUUCCGGGGUGCAGAAGUGGCUUUGUGGUGCUGCCUGUCAUCGCUCAGGUAUCCACCCCAUUCCAUACCGAAAACUUGGCUUUCUACCGCUAUGGAAGGGCAGCAGGGGCAAGAAGGUCACACAACCCUAGCGGUCGCCCAGGCUCAUUUCAAAAAGGGAGAGUACGCGGCAGCCGAGGGCUUGUACACCGCUUACAUUCGCCAGUGCGCCUGUGCGGCCGCAGCCGGCUCGAGUCCCGCGAGCAAAUGCAGCCCUGAGGAUUUGGCUACUGCAUAUAACAACAGGGGGCAAAUCAAGUACUUCAGGGUUGAUUUUUAUGAAGCCAUGGAGGACUACACAUCUGCCAUAGAAGUCCAACCCAAUUUUGAAGUUCCGUAUUACAACAGAGGGUUGAUACUGUAUAGGCUGGGAUAUUUUGAUGAUGCUUUAGAAGAUUUCAAGAAGGUAUUAGAUUUAAAUCCUGGAUUUCAAGAUGCUACUUUGAGCUUAAAACAGACUAUUCUAGACAAAGAAGAAAAACAAAGAAGAAAUAUUGAAAAAAAUUAUUGAAAUUUUUAAUUGAAAUAGUAACUCAUGAUUUUUACAUCUGCAUCUAACUGUCUCUAAUUUAAAUAGAUAUUGAGCUGUUUUGAUUUAUAUUUAAGAUAAAGAUAUUUAUGCUUUAGUAAUGAAAGUUUAAUGUAUUUAAGAUAGUUAAUUUCAGGUGGAGAAAUGAUUUAUGUUGAAUAAGUAUGCUUUUUAUAAAGUGUAAAUGAGUAAUAUCAAUGUGUAAGUGUAUAGUAUUACAGUAAAAUAUUUUUUAAAAAGGGAGGUAUUUUUUUCAGUAAAACUAUUUUCUUUUUUACUUUUUAUUUCCAACGUUUUAUUUAAAAAAUUUUACAUCUGCAGAACAGUGACUGUGUAAUGCAAUAAACGUCUAUAAACUGUU